UACAGUGCUGGUGUUAGACACGGAACAUGCUGUGAAUACUGACAGUGGGGAAAAGUAUACGACAGACGAAUUCCCAUACGUCUGUUUGGAAAUGUUUAAUGAUUGUCCAAAUCCUGGACACUUCAGCGAGCGGUCAGCAGCUAUGCAGCCUGUGUCCGGUGGGCGGCGGUAUAGAGACGCUAAGCUUGUUGUUAAGCGUCGUAGCUAAAGAAGACGCGAGGCGGGGAAGAAGAAAGAAACAGGACGUUGUGUUAAAUCUGAGAAUGUGCAGAUUGCUGAAGAUGAAUAAACCUCUUUAGUUUCUGUCGCGUCCCAAUUAUCAGACCGUGUGUCUGCUCGACAAACCGACUGAGAGUGCAGCUGCCGAUCCUCCGCUGGGUUCACCAGGCUCUCUGAAGUUUCUCCAGUCAUCCACUCAUCAUGGUGGAGUACUACCAGGUUUUAGGAGUACGGAAGGAUGCGUCUGCAGAUGACAUAAAGAAAGCGUACAGAAAGCUGGCCCUGAGGUGGCACCCAGAUAAAAACCCAGAGAACAAAGAGGAGGCUGAGAAGAAGUUCAAGGAGUUGUCGGAGGCUUAUGAAGUCCUGUCUGAUGCAAACAAGAGGAGUAUAUAUGAUCGUUAUGGCAAAGAGGGGCUGACGGGGAGCAACGGUGGAAGAGGGGCGCACUUCCACAAUGGAGAGCAUUUCCAUGAACCUUUCACGUUCCGUAACCCAGAAGAUGUUUUCAGGGAAUUCUUUGGUGCCAGAGACCCGUUUGCAGACUUUUUUGGUGCAGAUCCAUUUAGUGAUGACUCGUUUUUUGGUAGUGGCCGGCGGCACCAAAGCCGGGCAAGUCGUAGCCGGACAGGUGGCCCUUUUUUGGGGGGCUUUGGUUUCCCAGCCUUCGGUGCCGGCUUCUCCCCUUUUGACCCAGCCUUUGGUUCUUUUGGCUCCAUGAGCGCCGUGGGUCAUAUCGGUCACAUGGGUCACAUGACAACAAUGGGCAGUAUGGGAGGAGGCGGCUUCACCUCUUUCUCAUCAACCUCUUUUGGAGGAGGAGGAGGAGGAAGCAUGGGCAACUUUCGAUCUGUGUCUACCUCCACCAAGACCGUCAACGGCAGGAAGAUCACUACUAAAAGAAUUGUAGAGAACGGUCAGGAGAGAGUUGAGGUGGAAGAGGACGGCCGGCUACGCUCAUUAACCAUUAAUGGCAAAGAGCAGCUGCUGCGACUGGAACACAAGUGAAGACACGCAAACAUCCUCCACUGGAGACGUUACCUCAGUACCGCGAUCCCAAUAAAACUUGAGCUCACAGUGGAAUAAACAAAGCAACAAAACAAUGUAA